AAUCCGUUCCCGGUGGCUUUACUACCAAAUUCAUAGCUCUUUGGAGGAGCGAUCGUUGAUUGAUUGAAACAGAGAUGAGUGAUUCAUCACGAUUUAUUAUAGUCUUCUUACUACACUGAUAUAGCAUAAAGACGCAACGACACAACCUUCGAUAUCUCUUUCCUUCCCAUUGCUUGUUUGACCAACUGCGUAUCCUUGAUAUGGUCCAAACAUCCGCCAGUGUUGAUCCAUCGAGUGAAGUUGCAAUCCACUUCGACUCUGAAACAAAGCUCUUCAAUGCUUUACAGCUCAUGGGUCUAAUUGGUUCCAUGAUUAGUUUGGUUACCGCUCUAUUCUCUUCAGUACCUCGUCAAGCCACUUGGUAUAACUUUUUCGUCAGUUGGAUAGUAUAUUGCACAUCCUACCUCCUUAUUUUCUUUGCUGGGCAUGCCUAUGAUGGAAAUCCAAGUCUUUCUUUGUGUUUGGCACAGUCAUCACUCAAUCAUGCUGCUUCACCGUUUUCUGCUGCUUGUGCAUUGGCAUUGGUUAUCCAACUUUAUCUGAAUAUUCAGGCAACACUUACUAGGAAGUCUACAAGAGGAACACACUACUAUUGGCACAUAGUGCUUCUAAUCACUCCCUAUGUGAUAUUUGUUGUCUUGAUGAUAGAAUCCCUGAGUUUAACCCUUGCCACAAAUGCCAAAUUUUCCUCAAUCUCAUAUUGUAGCUUAGAGAAUCCUGUUCCUGGGAAGAUUACUGCAGCAUUGGUAGUUGUUCUUGUGGUUCCUAUUCUUGUGGUAAACUUGCUAAUAUACUUGUCAUUCCGCAAGCACUCUUCAUUUCUCCUGGAGAGAAAUUACAUGUCAAUGUUUGUCCGUGUUUCAAUCUUCACCCUUUUUGGCCUUGUCAGCGCAAUAGUUGGCUUAAUCUUCUUUUUCCUCAACCAAAUUGAUACAAAUUCGAGGAAGGUCCGAGUUGGGAUGAAUAUUAUUCUAGCAAUUAUACCUGUUGCCGCAGUUCUUGUUUUCGGGACACACAAGGAUCUCCUUAACCUUGUCUGGCCUUUCCGGAGGGAAGAACCACUACCGCCAGUACCCAAAAUUCAUGUUGAAUAUGUCAUUGAAUCCAUGGAAUGACAGUAGCUAUUACUGACUGCCUUGUACUCUCAAAUUUUUGUUGAGUCUCCGUACUGGUCAGAUUGGCAGUACAGGGUGUAUUGUUGAGGAGGCAUAUUAUAAUUGUAACUGUAGUUAAUUGCUGUAGAAUUCUACUUAUUGUAUCAGCGCUUG